AGGAAUGAUUCUCCGGCUUCCCCCCAUCCCCUCGGCUAUCAGACCGAAUUUUGAAACGAAAAGGCAAAAAGGUAAAACAUUCAAAUCCUACAAGCAGCUGCUGCAUUGCUAAUUCAUGUAAUUCAUCGCUUCUCCACGACAGUCUGAGGCGUACUUACUUAGUAGGUGCAGCACCCACUUUCUUUGAUAAAUUUGUAUUUGAAGGAAAGUGCAGUCAGUCUGUGGAAGAUCCAGAAUUCAUCUUAGGCGAAGAUUCUAUACCAUUUGUUUUUGUGUCGGGCCCCCUACAGAGCUCCAUUGAAUUAGAGAUAGUACUACUAACUUAUCAUGGGUGGCGCGUGUGGCACCCAACGGCCCCGCGCGGGCGACCCGGUCACGGCCCUUGCCCCAGAACAGCGGGUGAAAAAAGCGGAUGGUAAUAAUUCGCCGAACGACAUGAAAAAUGUUGCCUCCUCCACCAGGCAGCCUAGCAGCUACGCCAUGUCGGGCUCCGAGUUGAGGGACCAGAAGCUGCAUCCCCCCACGAAAAUCGGUUUCUUCGACGGCCAUGCGGCGACGAACAACAACUCCCACGCGGAAUCCUCCGAAACUGAGGCGGAAAUGAACCACAGUCGCACGAAUGACCCACUAUCGGGCGGGACCUCCACGGAACUCGAGAACAAGUCGGCCAGCACAACCGCAAACUCGACCAUGGAGGGGUUUUUCGUGCCGCCACCCGCGCGAGGUCGGGGCCGAACGCCCGGAGGUGCGACGUCACGAGGAUCCGCGAACGAGGAAAAGACAACUAGCAAGUCAAAGUUUCGCUCCUUCGAAAUGCUCGAAAAGCUCGAAUCCAGAUCGAGGUCCAACUCCAAGACCCGGGCGGACGCGCCGAGCCACCUGGGAUAUGGAGGCGAAAUGAGUGAUCUUCAUCUUCUUCCCGGCUGCUGCUAGUCCUGAAAAUAAAAGAGGCAGCCUGUGGAGGUCUUCGUGCCGAUUCGCCAACUCUAGGGCUCUUUUUGAUGUGAUUCACAGCGUCCACCAAAAAUUACGCCAGACUGAUUUCUGGCGUGCUUUAUUUUGCAUGUCAAUACAGAGGGACAUAGGAAAUUCGCAUGACCCACAGGCAGCUGCGACUUUAUUUCUUAGGGGUAGCAGCAGCCCCUAUUAAGUAGAGCUAGAGUAAGAUCACUCAUUUGCCCUUUAUAUGGGAAGCUACCGGUCGCAGAGCCGCGGAAACCUGCGGAAAACCGAAAAGGACAUGCUCAACUACGCAAACAGGAACUACGAGAGCCACUUGAACCAGAUCGGCGGAGAGCAACACGAUAGUAACAGCACAUCAAACGCCGGCACAGGAGGAGGCAAAACGGGGGGAAGCUCCCUGCACCAGCCCAUGAACGCUGGCACUCCGAUCGGCAUGACGAACCCGCACGAGAAGCUGUUGCCGAAGCAGGGCUCCUCGCAGACGACCUCUGCCCGCGUCGAGUACGCGCAAGAUCGCACGAUGCGCGGGCGACUUUUGUACUACGGCGUCGAUUUUUAUGAAAGCGAAAUUGUGCGUCACACUCACAUCUGCAGCGUUUUGCAAGGCCAAGCGCCUGGCAGAACGUUUCUGAUGCGACUGUGGUGCACAGUUUGGCUUUCAUAAUUUUGGUAUCGCGAAGAAAGUUGCGGACUUUGCGGACAUGAAAACGGACAGCUCCCAAGGCAACGCGCUCGCGUUGCCAAAAGCGAACUAUGCGAGUGCACAACUCCCCCUCGUCGACGAUCCUUGAUAAAGGACUUUAAGCAGCAAAAGAAUGGAAAUGCCGAGACAACAGCGCGUCUGCGUUUUUACAAAAAGUCUAGGCAUGGUUGUUCCGUGCUAUAAAUAGCUCGACAUGCAAGGUAUUUUUACAAAAACCUGGAGCUGUUGUACUUUCGCAUUUUAUGUACAGAGGCACGGCACCAGGGGGACCUGUGCACUCCGAUACAUACUUGGACCAGGGUACUUCGCUGUCGUUUUUGUGGCAGUGUGUGGAGUUCGCGAAUCUCUCGCACGGAGAAGAAGACCAGGCGUUAGCCAAGUUGGCUAACUUUUUCCAAUAUGCAUCGCAAAAGCAUAUGACUAGACUAGUGGAUGAUCUCUCAGCAUGGUGCUCGUCAGCUAGGUGAGCAGAAGAAAGUUAUGUAUUGUCUGAACCUGUGACAGGCUGUCAGUAAGAAAUUGCAAUCUUCGACAGAAGUACAACUGGGAAGACGAACGACUACAAUCGUACUUUUGCGAUGCAUAUCCAAGAAGAGGAAUUUGGCCGGCUUACCAAGUCGCAGCAGAAGCGCUGUCAGGAACUCACCGGUCGCGCGAUGGACUUUCUCAAUGCGCAGAACGGGAGCAUGAACCCAAACGGUGCAGCAGGUCCGGGAUUAUCACACAGAAAAUUGCUAACAUAGUAAAUCAAAGUGCCACUUCUUUGUGACGCAACAGACUAAAUGUUGAGUUUCGAUUUGUAUGCAAGAAAGUAAGUCGGUUAUGAUAAUAUCAUAACCGACUUUAUAUCAUAGUAUUGAUAUAUCCAUUGUUGACACGGUAAAAGAAGUAGAAGAUCUGCGGCAAGUGCGAGCCCAUAGCGGUCGCUUGAUGAGAAUCAGUGAGAUUGCAUGCACGAGGACACAAAAUUUUUCCUGUUACUAACUAGAUUCAUCGCGGUUGCACCAUGAUCACAAUGCAGAGGCACGAUCAUGCUUUUAGCUUUUUUCUGAAGGAUAGUUCUUCGGAAAUAAGUACGGGGGGAGCAUUCCGCCGCCACCGCCGAUGCCAACGCUGAACAAGAAUUAGAUUGAUAGAUUGGAUGACUUCCGAUUCCAUUUCCUCUACCUCCAAGAACCAACUCUCCACGGCCGCGCUUUCAUCUCAAUCAAAAAAGCGAAUAUUUGUAGCACGACUUAGUAUCUCUAUCUAUGUCUAUGUCACUAUGCGUAUGCAUGGCUACAAACAAAUACAAACCUCCACGCGUCGCCUGAAGCCACUACCUUGCUUUAUUGCGUCUUUGUUUCUAGAUGAUGAACUUUCUAUACUCUCUACCUGCAGAACUUUUUCUUGAAUUUGUUUCGUCGAGCUAAAGUGAAAUAGAAUCUUUCUGAUUAUAGUACAAUUAUAGUACAACAAGUCUCCCACCUUCUGCAUGCAGACUGUUACUGUUUUUUACGAAAAUAUUAAAUUUGACGCUCCUAUCGUGCAAAACUCAACUACUUUCGUUGUUAAAAAAGCCCAACAGUGCAUCCUGACAAACUCCUGCUUGAUAGUUUUACCCAAUAAAAAUCAGCUCGCUGAGGAAUGACCGCACAACGAUCGAAAUUCGCUGGAUAGUAGAAUGCUCCGUCUAGUCCUCUAGGCGCGGCGAGCAAACAAAAUUGUAUCGUUGUGGGGUGGUC